AUGAGACCAAUUCCCUGGAGACUCCCACAGAGUCUCUUAGCAAGACAGACUCGCAAUUUCUCCUCCCCAUCCCAAGCCCUCGAAACCCUCGAAAAUGCCACCCUAGAGACCUUCCAGCAGAAAUGCUUCCACCCAGAAAAGCCCGCAAUCCUCCCACGCGCGCAAUUCCAACAUCUCCCCGCACUGAAGAACUGGUUUAAACCCACCCAGCAAACAGCAAAGACCAACCACACAGUCCCCAUCGCCAGCCUGAAUGUGGACUAUCUCCAAAAACACGGCGCGGACGCUUUCGUCCCUCUGGAGCUCACCUCAUCGCCCGACUCCAACUCCCCAAGCGACGCGACAGAGACACAAUCAAACACCUUCCGACAAUUCCACGCUCCACUGACCCUCUUUCUGGACUGGAUGCGCAUGGCGGAAACAACACCGCAAUCAACACGCCUCUACCUCGCGCAAUGCCAACUCCUCGACCUCCCCCCGAUCCUCCGAGCAGACUUUCCCACACCGGACCUGGUGUCGCGCGCCGGCAAGGGCGAUGUCUACGACACAAAUGUGUGGAUCGGACAUCCACCCACAUAUACCCCACUGCACCGGGAUCCGAAUCCGAAUUUGUUUGUCCAGUUAGCUGGGGAGAAGGUGGUGCGACUGCUUGCGCCGGCGGACGGACAGGCUGUGUUUGGGGCUGUGAGGAGGCAGUUGGGGAAAUCGGGAAAUCGGGAGGCUGCUGCGAUUCGGGGUGAGGAGAUGAUGCAAGGUAGGGAGAGGGUGUUGCUUGAUGAGAUGGUUUGGGGGAGUCCUGGUUCUGGUGGGGAUGGGAAUGGAGUUGGGUUUGAGGCGAGGCUUGGGGUCGGGGAUGGGUUGUUUAUCCCUAAGGGGUGGUGGCAUAGUAUCAAGGGCGUUGGGGAGGGAGUCACGGCUUCGGUAAAUUGGUGGUUCCGGUAG